AGUUUUCAAGAAGUCGAGCCCCAACUGUAAGGUGACAGUUUACCUGGGAAAGAGGGACUUUGUGGAUCACCUGGACCACGUGGACCCAGUAGAUGGAGUGAUCCUCGUCGACCCCGAGUAUCUGAAGGACAGGAAAGUCUUCGUCACUCUGACCUGUGCGUUUCGAUAUGGCCGUGAGGACCUGGACGUGCUGGGUCUGUCUUUCAGGAAGGAUCUCUACAUCUCCACCUUCCAGGCCUUCCCUCCGGUCCCUGAGGAGAAGAAACCCAACAGCCGGCUGCAGGAGAGGCUGCUGAAGAAGCUCGGUCAGCAUGCUCACCCGUUCUACUUCACUCAUCUCCCAGGACGACGACUUCGUGUUCGAGGACUUCGCCCGCCUGCGGCUGAAAGGCGCUGUGGACGACAAGGACGAGGACUGCUAGGAGCUCGCCAACCCUUCAUACGCUCGCUUCGAAAGCACCACGCACACACACACACACACACACACACACACACACACUUCACGUUACAUUCCCCGGUUGGAGGGAUGGAUGAGGGCGUGUUUGGACGGAGGCCUCGCGGGGGCGGGGGGGCGUCGGUGGUGUUCCUCUUAAGCUUCAGCCAUUCAUCACGCCGCCGUCAUUUUCGCCGCCGUCUUCUCCACGUUGUCUUCUGUUUCUGUCUUUCGCCCGAAGGUGAAAAAACCCAUAAAUGUCGAGCCGCUGCAGGACAGAAGGUGGGCGGGACGUCGGGUGUGGGCGGGGCUUGUGAACGCGUGAAGAAACAACUUAAAUAGAAGAAGAAAAAAACAUACGUAGGAAGCAGAAGCAGCGUUCGUCCUCUUUUAAUUUAAAAUCUCGACCGUUUCCGCGGCGACGAUCACCGUCUUGUACAAACAGAAUAUAUAUUUGAAACAGAAAAACUAAUCUUCUACGAGCAGUCGAGGUCUGUGUUCAGUGGUGAGCCAUCCAUUUCCUUCAGGUUAAAUACUGUAGAUGCUUCUUACAUCACGGCUGCAAGAGGAGGACACACACACACACACACACACACACACACUCACUUAUACAGGCGACUGAAGUUCGAUUUCACCAGCAUCCACUCUCUCUCUCUCUGUCUGUCUGUCUCUCUCUCUCUCUCUCUCUGUCUCUCUGUCUCUCUCUGUCUCUCUGUCUCUCUUUGUCUCUCUCUCCACCAGUUUGUAAAACGUCGUCCCGUUCGCUCGCUUUCUGUUGAAGAACCGUUCCAGCGUUGAUGGAGUUUUCCUUUCAUUUAAAGUUUGAGUCACUAUUUUUGUUUCAUGUUUUCAUGAAGACCAAAAUAAAUCUUUAAAGGAAUAUUUAGUAAAAUCACAACUUUACAAUCAGAAGGAGGAAAAUAUUUGGACAGUUCUUAAAAAACGACUCAGAAAUAUUUAGUUUGAUUUUAAAAUGUGGCCUGUGAUCGGGUCCAAGCUGCAGCCGAGCAGCAUUUAACUCUUAUAAAGUCUGUAACUUUAAGAUUUAGAGCCUCUGUGGGGGAAAUAUUCGACAUUUUGAGGGAGAAAGUUCAAUUUUUAGGAUUUAAAAUCACAACUUUAUAAAUUUGUAACCUUAAAAAAAGUUGUAAUUUUACAAGAAAAACUAGAAGAAAAGUCAGAUUUCAACAGAAGAUCUGUGUGUGAGUCUAACGCUGUCCUCUAGUGGCUUUUCUGACUAAACCCAGUUCUAUUAAAUAUUAAAAUCUUUUUAAAAGGUAAAUAUUAGUUAUUAUAAACACGGAGAUUAUUCCUCUGUACACCAACAGACGUUAAACAUUUCAUUUGUUUGCAGUAAGAAAAAUCUCCAGCGGCUCGAUUAUCUGCAGGUUCUCCAGUCAGGGAAGUUAAUCGAUCACCGAUACGUUCUUCAUUGAUUAGCAUGGUUUUUUUUUUUUUGUGUGUAAGGAAUUAAAGAUCACUUGUGUUCACUGUGUUAAUGUUAACGUUGUCCACCAGCGGCUUAAGAAGUCACACCGACCCGUCUUCGUCGACACCUGAAACACGAGCACGACCUCCGAUCACGCUGGAAUCGUUCUUUAAACUUCAGACCCGAGUCGGCGAGUAGAAGUGGAUUUGUGUACAGAGCAGCACUGAGAUCAGUUCUGUAGCAACCGAUGUUAGUCUGAGACUCGAUCCUGGUUUAAUCAUCCGCCUCUUAAAGGGAAACACUGCUGUUCUUUGUUUGUGAUCAUCUCUCUGUUUCAAAUUGACAGCGAUUGACCCGAAAGCACUUUGAGCUCCUGUGUUCAUCCACUGCGUCCUGUUACUGUAAACUGCAUUGUGCCUUCUACAUCUCACUGUUGCCAAUAACUCCACAUCUUUUAAUUGUUUUUUUUAUUCUUAUUGUGGCCCGAAAACUGAGAUGCAGUUUGUGAAACCACUGAAAGUCGAUAAAAAAGGGGAAAAAGCCAAAUUAUAAUCAGUGUUAUUGUUAAUAAUCGGACUGUAAAUAUGUUAUUGAUGAUUUCAAAUGCAGGAUUUUUCUCUAUUGAAUAAACUUUUGCACAAGUUUUACCGUCAACCAUCUGAUUUUAAAUAACAAAUAUUUAAAGACGAGUAUCAGGAUCAUUUUGUCCACUGAAGGUAAAAACUCAUUUAAUCUCAUGUGACCCAUUAAGCCGUCUCCAUGACAACCGAGCUUCUCGAUCAAACAGUGAAGAAGGUCAUGAGAUGUGUUCGAAAGCCUCGGAAACGAGUCUGGUUUUGGUUUGUCAAACUUAAAAAAAAAAAAAAAAUUACAAAAUUACAAUUUAAGUGUCAAAUAACUUUCUGGAAAACGUUUUCUUCAAAAGUCGCAACUAAAAAAAUAGUUAUUUUACCAAACAAAAAGUCAUAGAAAUGUUCAUUUAAUCAACAAUGUGGCUUUCUUUGGUAAAAUUAGAAUUUAAAUAUCGUAAUAUAACUUAAAGUUGUGACUUUUUAAAAAUGAAACAAUUUUUUUCCCCACAAAAAUGUCAAUUUUUCAAUUUUUUAAGUGGACAUUUUUAUGACUUUGUUUUGUAAAAUUAUUUAAAUUUCACAUUAUAACUUUAAAUUUUAAAAACAUAUUUGUGUAACUUUUUCUGAUAUAAAUGUUUUUAUUUGGUAAUAUUUUGCCUUUUCGUCUCACAUUGUUAUAUAUUGUUAGGUAACGUUUAAUCUGUAGAUCAGAAUUUAUCCCAUAAAGGACUUUUUGUCUGUUUUAUUAUUGACUUUUAUUCAUAUUUCAAUAAUAAUUCAAUAAAUCUUGAAAUCUGACAUAUUUUCUCAUCGUCCGUCUUUAAGGUCGAUGACAAAUUACCAAAUGACACUGAACAUUAGUGCCAUGAACCCGUCCUCAGCAGCCAAUGAGAGAUGUGAUAAAGAUAAACAGCACCAGUGUUUCCCUUCAGCUCCACCACAUGAACCACCUCCUCCUCCACCUCCUCCUCCUUCCGCCUCGCCAUCCAUCCUUUAAAUCUCUCCAUUCAACCUCAGACGUGAUGUGAAGGACUCCAGCAGCUUCGGGCUUUUAAUCUUUCUCUCCGUACGUUCAAUCUCUAGAAUCAGAAGUUCUGAAAGUAGUUUGGGGUCUUUUUUUCCAAAACAUUCGUAUGCUGUCGUCAGAUCUGUCUCUUCUUUUUAAAAAAAGAGUUUAGUGUUUUUAUUUCCCCUGAAAACCACCGCACAGAUCCACAGAUCCACAGAUCCACACAGACACAGGAGCACUGCACUUUCAUUGGACGAACCAACCCACAGAACUGCAGACGGUAUUGUUUUAAUUAUUCCUGGAGAUGCACAAGAAGAUUGUUGAUUGUUUUUGAUGCUUGGCCAUUUUUUCAAUUUCGAAACAAACAAAAAAAAACUGCCAAAUUUCCCACCCUUCCUCCUCCGCUGAGUCACUGAAGCUGCGACGCCACCAGAAGGGAAGAAGAAGCAAACGGAGCAUGUUUUUAGUUUUUGGAUUUGAGUUUUAUUUUCCAAGCAGUGCUGUGAAUCGUACGAGCUGUGAUUCUGUCCUUUAUUUUGUCGUCGUGCAUAUGUGGGGUAAACUUUGCUAAGUGUGAAAAUAUUUUGAAAGUGCCACGCCCCGGCCUGUGCGAUGCUUUAACCAUAAUGUCUAUAAACAGGAGGUGAUUUCUGCUGGUGGGACGAACACCAGAACAGAUAGUUAUGAUUAUUAUGCUUCUGAUUAUUAUUAUUAUUAUUAUUAUGAUGGUGACUAUUAUUAUUACUUCUACUGUAUCAUCAUUGCGACCAUGAUUAUUCUCAUAAUCAUUUAAGAGUCUAUUGUUUUGCCAUGUAUUUUUUAUUUUGAGAUUUUUAUUUUAGUUUUCUUUUUAUUAUUAAAGGCAAAAUGAACUAACAGACA